CAGCUGGAGCUUGCAUCAGGUAAAAUUGGCAUCAUGAUAGAAGAACCUGAACAACAACACAGAUAGUGUAACCCAAGCUUCAUAUGAAGCCGGUUAAGUAGACGAGAUGAUGCACAAAUCUUACAAAAAUCAUGGAAGAAUUAGAAACAGUGAGCAAAGUUGUGGAUGAAGCAAAUAACCUAAGUGUAUUACCACAGCAACCAAGCGAUGCAAUCUUAUUAAGAUCCAAGGUGCCAGAUAUUGGUACAACACCUGAUCAGGUGAUAUCUGAAACAUCAAAUGACACUAGAGAGUUGACACUAGCUGUUAGUAAUGAUAACAUAGAAGAGGAAAAUGAAACAGAGGUCAAUUCCUUUGACAAUCCUGCAUUUGACUACAAGGGUAUUAAACAGUAUCCAAAGCGCAAGUCUUUCGCAGAUGUUGUUACAAAACUUAUCAAUGAUCCAAUCCAAAUUGAUGUUCAUCCAUUUGGGCGAGGCUCAAUAUACGGCAGGGCACUGGGCGGAGAACAACGAGGUAUUCCUCGGGAAGAAGGGGCAUUGUUCAUGUGGGCGUUGGUAACUUUGAUAAUUCUUGGAGUGGCUGUUGGUGUAAUCGCGCUGUCACUAAUGUAUCAGGCCAAUCAGCGUCUCCAGGACACAGCAGUGGACGCUCUAAAUGAUUCAAAUGUAACAUCUUACUGAUGUAAGGUUGGUUGUAAUACAUAAUAUCUUUAAACAGAUUCAUUAAAACCUUGGGAGAAACACAGAGAUGAGAUCUAUAGUAUUGGUGUUGACGUGCAAUUUAUAAAUAAUGCAAAAUCAACUGCAUGUUUUUAAUCAAAGUGAAAGCAUUGUAUUUAAUGCUUGAAUCAUAAACAUGGAUAUAAUAACAGGAAAAAAACUUUUUAUGUAGUAAAUGCAAAAUUAUUCUGAGAAGAACAACAUCAACAACAUCUGAAAGAAAAAAAUCUGACAACAGAAAAGAAAAACAACAACAAAUAAAUGUGGAGUGUCAGUUAGAAAAUGAAAAUGUAAAUUUGACGAGACGCUUGUGAACAGAAUGCAACACUGUUGAAAACAAACCGGUUAGUUUCAAACAUAUUGCAUUGAAAGAAACAUCCUAAAUGCAGAAUUAAUGCCAGGCUACAAAACCAACUGUCUUGUCUUCUAUGUAUACUAUACACAAGAGAAGACCUCCGUAGCACAUGAUAUGAGUGUAUUUUCGAAGAUACACUGGUUGGAUUGAUUUUCGGGAGUCUCAUUUACAACGCACGUACCGCAAAAGGAAUGCCAAAUGACUCAAGUACCGCGUCACUGGUAACACAUCUACAAUUGAAGAAACAUUCAUGAACUGAAUACAAUUUUAUUCUAAUAAAUCAUCUGGCUUAUAUUUAAAUGGAAACAUGCCUAUGCAUUC